CGCGCGCGCCUCAGCCAAUCGCGUGCUCGCCCGCCCCCCGCGGCCACGGCGAGGCUGGCUCUGGGAAGAGGAAGAAGAACAUUCGCCCUCCUCCUACCAGCGCGCGGGCGGCGGCGGCGGCGGCACCGGGGUCACGAACUCUGACCUUUCACUGACAAAAACAAUAACAAACCCCUCCUUCCUCGCGACCCCGGCGGCGCCUCCGGGCCCGCCCGCGCCGCCCCGCUCCCACCUUGGCGUCUCGUCUCUCGCCCGCUGACCUGCGAGCCCGCGGCCCGGGGCUCCCGCCAUCCGCCGACGCCGGGAAGCCGGCCUCCCCGCGCCCUGCCCUCCGCGCCGGGGGCCGCCCGCCGCAGACACGGGACCUGCUUCGAGGUCGCUUUGGCGCCAAAUCCUGAGGUUCUCUAAUGAUCUUGCUUCACCAUGGCUACAAAUAUGGAGGGGCUGGUUCAGCACAGAGUGGGGACCCAGCAGGUGGCUGAGGUACCACGUACACAGACUUCUCGGCCGGAAUCUCCAGGGAUGACCAGCCCCUCCCCGCGCAUCCAGAUAAUCUCCACUGAUUCUGCGGUAGCCUCACCUCAGCGCAUUCAGAUUGUGACAGACCAGCAGACAGGACAGAAGAUCCAGAUAGUCACCGCAGUGGACGCCUCCGGAUCCCCCAAGCAGCAGUUCAUCCUGACCAGCCCAGAUGGAGCUGGAACUGGGAAGGUGAUCCUGGCUUCCCCGGAGACCUCCAGUGCCAAGCAGCUCAUAUUCACCACCUCGGACAACCUCGUCCCUGGCAGGAUCCAAAUCGUCACGGACUCUGCUUCUGUGGAGCGUCUUCUGGGGAAGGCCGACGUCCAGCGGCCCCAGGUGGUAGAGUACUGUGUGGUGUGUGGCGACAAAGCCUCAGGCCGUCACUAUGGGGCUGUCAGUUGUGAAGGUUGCAAAGGUUUCUUCAAAAGGAGCGUAAGGAAAAAUUUGACCUACAGCUGCCGGAGCAAUCAAGACUGCAUCAUCAAUAAACACCACCGGAACCGCUGUCAGUUUUGCCGGCUGAAAAAAUGCUUAGAGAUGGGCAUGAAGAUGGAAUCUGUGCAGAGUGAACGGAAGCCCUUUGAUGUGCAGCGGGAGAAACCAAGCAAUUGUGCUGCUUCAACGGAGAAAAUCUAUAUCCGGAAGGACCUGAGAAGUCCUCUGAUAGCCACACCAACAUUUGUGGCAGAUAAAGAUGGAGCAAGACAAACAGGUCUUCUUGAUCCAGGGAUGCUUGUGAACAUCCAGCAGCCUUUGAUACGUGAGGAUGGUACGGUUCUCCUGGCCACAGAUUCCAAGGCUGAAACAAGCCAGGGAGCCCUGGGCACACUGGCAAAUGUAGUAACUUCCCUUGCCAACCUAAGUGAAUCCCUUAACAAUGGUGACACUUCAGAAAUGCAGCCAGAGGACCAGUCUGCAAGUGAGAUUACUCGGGCAUUCGACACCUUAGCUAAAGCACUUAACACCACAGACGGCCCCUCGCCUCCAAGCCUGGCGGACGGCAUGGACGGCAGCGGAGGAGGGGGCAUCCACGUCAUCAGCAGAGACCAGUCCACACCCAUCAUUGAGGUCGAAGGCCCCCUCCUUUCAGACACUCACGUCACAUUUAAGCUCACGAUGCCCAGCCCGAUGCCCGAGUACCUCAAUGUGCACUACAUCUGCGAGUCCGCGUCCCGCCUGCUCUUCCUCUCCAUGCACUGGGCCAGGUCCAUCCCGGCCUUUCAGGCACUUGGGCAGGACUGCAACACCAGCCUGGUGCGGGCCUGCUGGAACGAGCUCUUCACCCUCGGCCUGGCCCAGUGCGCCCAGGUCAUGAGCCUCUCCACCAUCCUGGCCGCCAUCGUCAACCACCUGCAGAACAGCAUCCAGGAAGAUAAACUUUCUGGCGACCGGAUAAAGCAAGUCAUGGAGCACAUCUGGAAGCUUCAGGAGUUCUGUAACAGUAUGGCGAAGCUGGAUAUAGACGGCUAUGAGUAUGCAUACCUUAAAGCUAUAGUUCUCUUUAGCCCCGAUCAUCCAGGUUUGACCAGCACAAGCCAGAUUGAAAAAUUCCAAGAAAAGGCACAGAUGGAGUUGCAGGACUAUGUUCAGAAAACCUACUCGGAAGACACCUACCGGUUGGCCCGGAUUCUCGUCCGCCUGCCAGCACUCAGGCUGAUGAGCUCCAACAUAACAGAAGAACUUUUUUUUACUGGUCUCAUCGGCAAUGUUUCAAUAGACAGCAUAAUCCCCUACAUCCUCAAGAUGGAGACAGCAGAGUAUAACGGCCAGAUCACCGGAGCCAGCCUAUAGCGCACACGUCAUACCUGCCGAGGAGCACAGGAUCCGCCCAGGACCGCUCAAAUACAAAGAAAAUAAAGUAGUGGUAUUUUGGUAUGUGCAAAUAUUUCCAGUAUCUUAGCUAUUUCCUACCUGGUUUCUUCUUAUCUGUUAAUCCCAGACAGUAGCAACUAAAAGACUAGUAGGAUCCUUUCCUGCCAUAAGAAAUGUUUUCAUGCCUUUUGAUGAAGCAGCAGAUUUUGGAACAAUCUUUUAACUCAGUUUUUAUUUAGAAAUUCUCAAAGGGCAAAAAACAAAAGCAAAGUUUUAUAAUGUCAGAGACUAGUUAAAACUAAAAAGAACC